CCAGGAAGUGAAACGGGCGGCUAACUGGCUAGCCGAGAGCUAGCGAGCAGAAAUGAAUCUACAUGUAAAAAUUGUUCUGUGUAUUUUGACGAGCUGGAACCGGAUUAACAUCUUAUCCACGCACUGGUAAAGUUCACAGCCAUACAAGGAAUCGACAAUGGGCCAACGAAGGAGAGCGGCAGCUGUGAAUAAUCCUUCGUCUCAGGGAGUCUCUGGAGCUCCUGCAGAGUAUGUCAGAGUCUGUGGCAGGAAGCACAACAUCUGCAUGGUGUCUGACUUCUUCUAUCCGAAUAUGGGAGGAGUAGAAAGUCACAUUUACCAGCUUUCCCAGUGUCUGAUUGAAAAGGGACACAAGGUGGUGAUUGUCACCCAUGCCUAUGGCAGGAGGAAGGGUGUCAGGUAUCUGACCAAUGGACUGAAGGUCUACUACCUCCCCCUGCAGGUGAUGUACAACCAGUCCACAGCCACCACCUGCUUCCACAGUCUCCCACUGCUGCGCUGUGUGUUUACCAGGGAACGCAUCACUGUGGUGCAUGCACACAGCUCAUUCUCCGCCAUGGCCCAUGAUGCACUAUUCCAUGCUAAGACCAUGGGCCUUAACACGGUGUUCACGGACCACUCACUGUUCGGCUUUGCUGACGUCAGCUCUGUGCUGACCAACAAGCUUCUGACUGUGUCGCUGUGUGAUACCAACCAUAUCGUGUGUGUGUCGUAUACCAGUAAGGAGAACACAGUGCUCCGUGCAGCACUGAACCCAGAGAUAGUGUCUGUUAUUCCCAACGCUGUUGACCCUACAGACUUCACCCCUGAUCCCUCCCAGCGCCAAGAAGACAGGAUCACUAUUGUUGUCAUCAGCCGUCUCGUCUACCGCAAAGGAAUUGAUCUUCUUGGUGGAAUAAUCCCAGAGCUCUGCCUCAAACAUCCAGAUCUGCAUUUCCUGAUUGGUGGAGAGGGACCGAAGAGACUCGUGUUGGAGGAAGUGAGAGAGAAAUACCAACUACACGACAGGGUGCGACUGCUGGGGGCUCUGGAGCAUAAAGAUGUUCGUGGUGUUUUGGUGCAGGGUCACAUCUUCCUCAACACAUCGCUGACAGAAGCGUUCUGCAUGGCCAUUGUAGAGGGAGCCAGCUGUGGACUGCAGGUGGUUAGCACUCGUGUUGGGGGCAUUCCUGAGGUGUUACCUGAGGAUUUGAUUACCUUGUGUGAGCCCACUGUUCGGUCGUUGUGUGCUGGUCUGGAAACAGUCAUCGCCCAGCAGCGGUCAGGCUCUUUCCCCUCCCCCGCCUCCAUCCAUGCAUGUGUGAAAAACCUGUACACUUGGAGAAACGUUGCAGAGAGGACUGAAAAGGUGUAUGACAGAGUGGCUGGAGAGGAGGUGCUUCCUCUGGACAGACGGUUACGGAGGCUGAGGGCCCACUGCGGCCCCGUCGCCGGCUCUAUCUUUGCAUUUGUAGCUGUUUUGGACUUCCUCUUCCUGCUGCUCCUACAGUGGUUGGUGCCAGAUCAGGUAAUGGAUGUCGCUGUGGAUGCCACCGGCCCUCACGGACUGUGGAGACAGGAAACAAGCAGUAAAAAAGAAACUCACUCUAAAAGUGCCACUUCAUCAUAGUGACCACUCCACAACUCCACCUCACCUCUAGCUGCUUAUAUGAUGUCAUGUGUCGCCUUUGUGGUGCAGACUGACAUUUUAACUAUUGAAUGCUGAAUGUGCUCGUGGUAACCCCAAACAUUGUUUACAUUUACUUAACAAAGGGACCUUGUGUGAAAGCAUUUUAUCUGAUACUUGGAAGGAGUGUUUUUAUUUUUAUAAUUACUGAUUAAAAUGUGGUAUCUGUGGUAUCAGUCCUUGAGGCUUUAAUAAGGACCUGUUUCAUUUGGAAUCCAAAGUAUAGAAAGCACUUAACAGAGGGAGUUAAAGGGCUGGUUAAUUGUAUACUUACUGUUGCAUUGUACAAAACUGCAGUAACUUGUUUUCAGUUUUCUUUUUGUGAUGCUGUAGAUCAGUGCAAAAAGUUUGAUUUGUCUAAUUUUCAGACCACAAACUUCACUCCUCUGUCUAAUAACUUAUUUUUUUCUCCUCGAUGAUGUUUCAUAUUUAUAUGGGAGUUUUUUAAGAUGAUAAUUUGACUCCCAGACAGUCUGCUCUGGAAAAUAAAGUGUACUUUCAAAUGAUUCA